UGAACGCAUAAUCAGGAUUAAUUUUUUAAAAAUUUACGGAAAAAACGGAAAAAAAUUUAAUUUGUGCUGAAAGUAUCACUACAUAUGUUUUGACGUAAUAUUGAUUUGUAUUUUUGUCGCGAAAAAGAAAUUAAUCACGAUUUAAUUUGUGUUUAUAAGAAACGUCGGAACAAUUAUGCGAGAUAAUAGAAGCCAAUAUGUGCAGUCGGAUAAUACGCCAUUCAGUUAUAAUUUGUAUCCUGUAGCGCAUGUGACUCCUGUGCAAAGAUCUUCGGAGAACGAAGUGCAACACGCCAAAGAAAUCAAUGUAUCUCUAUUGCCUAUUGGAAACAUACCAUCGUUACCGUCGGAAUUGUCGCCAGACCCUAUAUCUCAAAAUCAGACACAAUCUUGUGACAAUGACUUCUACUGUAUGAAUAAUGAUAAUACUAAUACUAAUACUAAUACUAACUUAUGGUACGAUACUUAUGAUAGUUUUACAUCAACGGCCAACUGUGACAGCAUUACCAAACCAGCAUUAAAUGUGUUCGAAUUAAAUUGCCGGCUGAGAAACUUGGCGGAAAAUUUCGAUUUGCCGAAUUAUUAUCAGUCAGCACAUCUUUACUCGUUUCAUCAACAGCAUCCCGACCAGACUAGUUAUCAACAACCGCUUAAUACGAAUUUGGAACAGACGUACAAUAAUUCUCAUCAUCAUUCUUCGGAAGAACUGAAAUAUAAGAAAGAGCAGGUGGCCGAUCAGAGCGGUGUCUAUCAACAGGCGAAGCUUGAUGGAUAUGCGACGAAGCUGUGUUCAAACAAUAAUUACACAGCGGAAAAUGUUAAUUCGCCUUCAGAAAGUGAUAAAAAAUUGACCACCAUUGAUAGCAAUAAAUCUAAGAGCAAAAGGGCUUACCGGAAAAGAACUAGAAAAUACCAGGAAAAUAAGAUGAAAGAAAAGGAGAGUGAAGAUCAGCGAGAGGUAACGAAUGCUAAAGAACGUCAAAGAACACAGAGUCUCAAUGAAGCAUACGACAACUUGAGGAAGGUCAUACCCAUAAUAAACAAUAAAUUUAGCAAAAUGGAUACGUUGAAAACAGCUAGAAAGUACAUUGAAUUUCUGAAGGCAAUAUUACACUUGGAUAAGGAUGACGACCCUCAGAAUCUAGCAAAUCAACGAAUCAAGAAUGUACUUGUAGCUAUUAAAAACAAUACAUACUCACCAUGCUGUUCUAACGAAAAUACCAUGGCGCACGAUUUGUCACUAGCCUUUAACAUUUGGUGUAUGCAAGAAAGAUUAAAUAAAUCUUCAAAUUUAUAAUCAUAAAACAAACUGUUGUAUAAAAGAGCGUUCCUAAGUUAGGGAAAGAUAUAUGAACGCGUCUUUAGACGGGCAUAAGUAUGCGAUGCUGAAUGCAGCGGCGUGAGAUAUAUGAGUGAGUCGAAGCGAGCUAAGAGGCAGGAACGAACAAUAAAACAUUCUACAAAAGUCGAAAUUUAUAAAAGUUUAUUAAAAAUCGUUAUUUUUCCAUUGAAUAUCAUUACAUGGUGUCAGAAGUGGGAUCGGAAGGAAGAGAACAAAAUAUUCUCAUAUGAGGCAGAUCCAUAUAAGAUUGCCAAACGAGAUAUACGAUCCAGUCAUUUUUUUCUUUCUUCUCUCGCACAAAGAGGCCGAGAGGUAAUGGCGCCGGAAGAAGAAAAGCAAGUAUUUAGUAUACA